CGGUUUCUUUGGUUUUGAAGACAAGCACUUUGACACUCCAAAGUACUAACUAAUACCUCUUGUUACCUCCGCCAUAACUAAAACAAAACCAUAUACCUUAGUUGAAUGCACACUUUCUUUCACCAUUCCCAUUCUCGCAUUCUUCGCAAUCCUUUUUCCCUCUCUACAAUGUCUUCUUCUCUCACUCUUCCCUCCUUUUCCCCUAUCUUCCCCACUCUCUCACCUCCAACCCUCUCUCUUCAAAACCACCACUUCCCUCGAUCUAGGGUUUUCGCCAGCCUCUCCACCGGAUCUCAGGCUUCCAUCCAUGACGCUUCCUUGGCUGAUUAUAAAGUCUCCAAUGCCUUCCUCUUCCCCGGCCAGGGUGCGCAAGCUAUUGGAAUGGGAAAAGAAGCUCAGAAUGUUCCUGCUGCUGCAAUUUUGUACAAGAAGGCUAAUGAUAUAUUAGGGUUUGAUCUUCUUGAUGUAUGCAUUAACGGGCCGAAGGAAAAGCUGAAUUCGACGGUUAUCAGUCAGCCUGCCCUUUACGUCACCAGUCUUGCUGCUGUUGAGCUACUUCGUGCGCGUGAGGGAGGCGAGCAGAUUAUUGAUUCUGUUGAUGUUACAUGUGGUUUGAGCCUAGGAGAAUAUACUGCUCUAGCAUUUGCUGGGGCUUUCAGCUUUGAAGAUGGACUGAAAUUGGUGAAACUGAGGGGUGAAGCCAUGCAGGAUGCUUCUGAUGCUGCUAGCAGUGCCAUGGUUAGUGUGGUAGGGUUGGACUCAGAGAAGGUCCAGCAGUUGUGUGAUGCAGCCAAUCAGGAAGUGCCUGAAGCUGAGAAGGUUCAAAUUGCAAAUUUCUUAUGUCCAGGAAACUAUGCUGUCUCUGGAGGUAUAAAAGGAAUAGAAGCGGUGGAAGCCAAAGCAAAAUCUUUCAAGGCUCGAAUGACUGUGCGCCUAGCUGUUGCAGGCGCUUUCCAUACUAGUUUUAUGGAACCUGCUGUUUCAAGAUUGGAAGCAGCAUUGGCAUCAACAGACAUUAGAACCCCAAGAAUACCAGUCAUUUCCAAUGUAAAUGCUCAGCCACACACAGAUCCUGACUCAAUAAAGAAGAUAUUGGCUCGACAGGUUACUUCCCCUGUUCAAUGGGAAACAACAGUGAAGACUCUUCUAUCCAAGGGGCUGAAGAAAGGCUAUGAACUAGGACCCGGAAAGGUUAUUGCCGGAAUUGUCAAAAGAAUGGACAAAGGUACUGAAAUUGAAAACAUAGGUGCUUAAGAAGGCUGCACACUUAUGUAGCUUCCAAAUUCCAUUGCAAACUACUACAGUAUUGCAUAUUUAAUUUUCAUGAGAAAAUGCGCGUGAGCUAAAUCAAAGACAGAAAGCAUGAAUGGAACUUGAAGCUUCUGUGAGCAAAGAACAGCUUCAGUCAGAUUUGAAUUCCAGUUUUGAAGUUAAAUAUAUUUAGAUACCAUUAUGAACCAGUUAGAUCAGUGUUUGAUAUCAUUGCUUAGAAUUCCAGUUUAUUUAAUGUAAUCUUAUAAAUGUUAUACACCCUAUCUACAUGGCUGAGUUAAUAUCUACUACUUAAUCUUUGUAUCAAUAAAUUUUAGAUGAAACAAUUGGUGAUUAGAAA